AGUUAUUUUCAUAAACAAAGUAAAGUUCGUCAAGGAGUCGAAGAGAUGCUCUAUAGAUUGUAUCAACCUAUCCUUUGGAGAUCACUGAAGGCCAGAAACUCAGAAGUUCGAUCAAAUGCAGCAUUUUUGUUUGUUGAUGCUUUUCCUGUUCGUGAUCCCAGUUUUAACACUGAAGAGAUGGACAAUGAAAUUCAGAAACAGUUUGAAGAACUUUUUAGUCUCUUAGAAGAUCCUCAUCCAGUUGUCCGCUCUACAGGGAUACUUGGAGUUACUCAGAUAACAUCCAAAUACUGGGAGAUGAUUCCUUCAACAAUUCUUGCUGAUCUUUUAAAAAAACUAAUCGGAGAGCUGGCGUGUGAUGUAACAUCUGCUGACGUUCGAUGCUCUGUUUUUAAAUGUCUACCAAUAAUUUUGGACAACAAACUAAGUCAUCCAUUACUGGAGCAGCUCCUGCCAGCGGUCAAACACAGUCUUCAUGACAAUUCAGAGAAAGUGCGAGUAGCUUUUGUUGAGAUGCUGCUGAAAAUUAAGGCUACCAAGGCUGCUAAGUUUUGGAAAAUCUGUCCUAUGGAGCAUCUUCUGACUCGUCUAGAAGUUGAUUCACGGCCUGUGUCACGACGCAUAGUGAAUCUCCUAUUCAACUCUUUCUUUCCCAUUAACCAACCUGAGGAUGUGUGGUGUGAGCGCUGUGUUGCUCUAAUCCAGAUGAAUUCAGCAGCAGCUAGAAAGUUCUAUCAGUAUGCUUACGAAUAUACUGCCCCCACCAAUAUAGCUAAAUUGAUGCUUACUAUUCGGCGCUGCUUGAAUGCCUGCAUCCAGAAAGCAGUGAAAGAGAGUCUUCAUGAUAGUGAUGAUGAUGAUGAUGAUGAUCAUCAAAGUGAAAAGGAGAAUAAAAGUGUGUUGGAUAAUGUGUUGUCAAUCAAUGAUGUAGCCAGCAUGGCAAGUUUAUUGGAGAUUACUGUAAUUCUCUGGAGAAGUAUUCACAAAGCACUAGAUCGCAAUGAAGAUGCCAAAGAUUAUGCUAUCAGAAAAUUUGCUUCUGUACUUCCUGAAUAUUUUAAAGUAUUUAAGGAUGAGCGUUGCAUCACUCCAUUGGUUAUUCUGGCAUCCUUUAUGCCCCCUGCUGCUAUUCCUACAUUCAGCUGUGGUGUGAUCUCCAAACUCAGAAUUAUUGACAAUGGAGCUGACCAGAACAAAUAUUCUACCCUGAUAGACUGCAUGUGUCGCUGGGGUCAAGUGGGACAUGUUCUGGAAUUAGCCUGUGAUUGGUUGUCUGACACACUAACCCCACAAAAGAAUAUCAAAACAUCUAAACGCCGAGUGCGUAUCCAUGUAACACAUGAAUCGAAGCCAGAAUUAGCAAUUGAUUACAUUGAAUAUUUAUUGACUCAUCCUGUUAAUCGUGGCUGCCUACUCUCUGUUCCUAAAAAUAAACUGAAGAAGCUUUUGAAAAUUCUCAGUGCUGCAAAGGAGGUUCUUGGCUCAAUUCUGAAAGGUAAUGAUGGAGGUUCUGUUAGCUGCAAUCAAGCAACUGGUGUAAGAGCCUUCAGCCUCUUUUGCAGGUUGAGUAUUCAUCUUCAGAAUAAGUUUUCUGAAGAAGAAGAUUACCUCUCACUUCUGAAGGAGACAGGUGCUUGGACAGAAAGUGAAGUUUUACCUUUUAUACUAGCAAGUGACCAAGAGGAUGGCAUUUCAAAACAGAGUAAUGUUUCUGAAUUAAUUAUCCAGGCCUACCUGACAGUAUGUAAAGAUGUCAUAAUGGUUGGCCUUGGCGAUCUCACAUUUCAAGCACAGCUUUUAGAUAUGGCUCUUUCAGUUAUACAAACAGAGAGAGGUGCCUUUUGUGCUCCAGUGUUACUGUAUGCUCUAAAAGAAAUUAUUGAAGCUUCUUUAACACAGAAUGUUCAGACAGAUGAAGUGGCAAACCUUUUCCAUGCUGCACAGACUGUCUUCCAGAAGGUUUUAGAAUGCGUGGCACGUAGACUGAAGAAACAGCAGGAAGAAGGGAUUCAGUUGAUUCACUCUAUUCAAAUGCCUCUUGGAGAAUUCAUACGUGCAGUCCAGUGCUGGCAUUUAUCUUGCCCAGCAGUUCACCAAAGUGUAUUCUCUACUCUCCUGGCUGCAAUAAUAGCAGAGAUAAAUCAUGUGCUACAGAAGGCUUCCAGUGAAAAAGAUGUAAUUAUACCAAAGACUAUUUCAGACCUUCCUCCUCUUUCAAGCAGUUUAAUGGCCGUAAUUAUGAAGUCAGUUGAUGUUGUCAGAUCAUUUUUAAGUGAAUUAAUGGAAUGCGUUCUCUCUGGAGAAAUUGAAGGAAUUUUUAGUCUAACAGCUACUGUCUGCAUUGUGAUUAUAAUUAAAGGUAAGCACAAAACUUCACUUCUAAAGGAUAUUGCACCUGCCGUUCAAAGGAAGCUGAUAACGUGUAAGGAUGCUGCCACAGAAGAAUCUAGCAGCACUGAAAGAAUCCUCUAUGAAUCAUCUCUGAAAAUUUUGGAUGAAUUUUUGAAUCCUUUACCACAAGGAAGCUUUUGUCAUGAAAAUUGAAGGAAGAUGUAUUGUUUUUGAAAAAAGUUUAUCUUGUAAACUUGUUAAUAGUUAAAGUUUGUUUUCUGUUAUUCUGUACACUUAAAGCAGGCAAA